GACCGCCCACAGCUACAAUGGCCGACUCGACAUCCUCCAGCAGCAUCGCUGCACCUGCGCCCAAAGCUCCGAACCGACCGAUGAGCGAAGCCCUUUUGAACGAGAAGUGGGAUCACUGCCUUAGCACACUCCUGAUCCGAUCCGGCUUGGGCGCAUCAUUCGGCGUAAUCUUCUCGGUUCUGUUGUUCAAGAGGAGAGCAUUCCCAGUCUGGGCAGGUCUGGGCUUUGGUGCAGGAAGAGCUUGGGAAGAAUGCGACAGUAGCUUCAAGCGCGCCACAGCACCUUCGCGAGACGGUCUUCGUGUCCUGAGGCCUUGAAGAUGGACUGAUCAGGAGGGAGACCUUGGAUUGAGAUGCGAAGGACGAUCGAGCACGGGCAACAUAUGCCAACCUACGCACUGAGCAGCACAGAGCAGCCUGCUUGAAGCCUGUAUAUAUGUCGAGAGGGAGCUAUGCCACACUAGAAUCCACAGAGAGCGUUCGGGAAUCGGGGACGGUCGUCUUGGCCGAAGACUUGGACACUCUCACCGUAGUUCCGUACGAAUGCUAAUAACGCAGUGAGAAAUCGUGCAGAG